AUGAUUAUCAACCAUCCAAAUUUAGUUGAAGGCUUAUCGUUAUUAGCCUGGCGACUUCAACGCGAUGAUGAGUUAGAAAGUCGCAAGACAACAACAAAUUUUCAUUGUGAACUAGAAACAACACCAACAAGUUAUGCAGCAUUCGAUUAUUACAAUCGUGAAACCGAUCAUGUUGAUUUAUGUUGCGAAGUUAACGAGGAAGAUUAUGACCCAUAUGAAGUAUUCUUACGUAUUAACACUAGGCGUACAAGUGGUGGACAAAGGACAUCGCUGACUUCUCAUACAUCUACCGGUAGCGGAAAUUUUCGAAAUUAUAAUUAUGCUGAUGAUGAUACACCUGUGAAAUACCCGUUUGCCAUUGGCUAUGUUGAUCGUCGAACGAAAACGAAUACUGCUGCAAAACAAUCGUUCAAGAAUCGCGGUGGACAAUCGUAUGAUGAUGAUUUAUCUACAUUAAAUGAUGAUUUUAAACGAUCAUAUCCUUUCUCUAGAAACGAUAACACAAUUAGACGUGCUCAGAAUCAACCUUUCUCACAAUCAGCACCAAGACCUUUUGUGCGUGAUGCCUACCGUGGUUUUCGCGGUACAAGAGGCGGCCGUCCACCAGGUUAUCGUAAUGAUUAUCACUCAGCGUCAAAACGUGUCACAUUUGCCGAUUAUUCUGACGACGAAGACGAGGAAGAAGAAAGUUUUGAUGUUCCAUUGACGAGACGUAAACCAUCAAUGCGUUCAUCUGCACUAACAGCUGUUCAACGUUUUCGUUCGAUGAAAAAUGCGUAUGAUGAGGAUGAUGAAGACAUUGCACCAACCGUUCAAGAAAUGGAUAUGUUAGAUUAUGAUGAUAUUGAUCGAACAACUUCACAACGAAAACCAGACAAUGAAACAAAACCAACCGAUGGAAAUUAUAAAAAUAAUCAUUUAAAAUCGUCAUCAUAUAUUGGAAAUAUGUUACCGAGCUUUUAUGAUCAAUUAUCUGAGUCGAAAAGGAUGCUUUUACAAGAUGCAACGAUUGAUUCGUCUUCCUCGGCAUUAUCUUCUGUAACCACGCUUAAUUCACAAAUAACUACAAAAACGAAUGAAAAUCUACCUCCUGAUGAUUUAACGAAACUUGAUGAACAAACAACGACCUCACCUGAAAAAGCAACAUUGGAUAGAGCAGAAAAAGAAAAAACAACGAAUGAAGGCUUAAGUGACACUCAACGACAUGAAAAUGUAUUCAUAACCGAACAAGUUGAGGGACCGGGUGGUGAAGAAGUAAUCGAAGAAGAAACACGUGUACAAUUUCGUACACGUCCAACAAAACCAACUCCUACAGUGAAGAAACAAAAGAAUGAUGAAAGUGAAUCGAGACUUGACAAUGAACCGACAACAGAUCGUUAUCGCAACGGAAAAAAUUGGCAAAAAGAUGAGGAAAUUGAUGAACGAUACAGCAAUUCUCGUGGCAGAUAUUAUAAUCCAGAUAACAGACCUAUUCGUGAUGUACAUCGACAACGCGUCAACAGAUUUGAUGUAGAACGAGAUGAAGAUGAGACCUAUUCGUCACCAUAUCGGCGAGGUGCUGGUAGCAGUCCGAUAGCAGCGCGUCAACGAUAUGAAGAGCCAGUCACUAAUAGAAGACGACCAUAUCCGGAUGAGGAGAAUACUGAUGAUUAUCCACCGAAUAAACGUUUACGUCCGAACGAUCCACAUUACUAUAGUCAAUCUCAGCAACAAGUUAAGAAUCGUUAUUCAACAUCACCAACCGAUAAUCAACGGCAAAAAUAUGGACAAGCUCAAAGAUUUCGUUCACAAACUGGACAACAACAUGACUACGAUGAUAAUGAUGAUGAUGAUGACAUGGGAAUGCAAUCUGGUAGAGUAAAUCUUGGAAAAGGAUCUUAUGGAAGACAAUCUUAUCGGGAACCAUCGUAUGAUCGUGAAUACGUAAAGAGGAAUGAUCGUUUAUUACUAGACUUUGAAGAACAAAACGGUUUAAAAAUGGGAGAAAUAAGAGUCUUUACGCCAAAAUUACGUUUACGUAUAUCAAAUGUUAAUGUGAAUUGGAUUAAUAUUCCUCCUGUGCCUAAAUUACCAAAUAAAAUGUUUAUGACAAGAUCUGAAUAUGAUCGUGGUGUAAAUACAUUUUCACCCGAAGGUCGUCUGUUUCAGGUUGAAUAUGCUAUUGAGGCUAUUAAGUUUGGUACAACGGCUAUCGGUAUUAUGACUCAAGAAGGUGUUGUAUUGGCAACAGAAAAACGUAUUACAUCAGUUCUUGUUGAACCGCGUAGUAUUGAAAAAAUUGUUGAAGUUGAUAGUUAUUGUGGUUGUGCAAUGUCGGGAUUAAUAGCAGAUGCAAAAACAUUAAUUGACAAAGCUCGUGUCGAAGCUCAGAAUCAUUGGUUUACACAUAAUGAACGUAUGUCAAUUGAAUCAAUAACACAAUCUGUUUCAAAUAUGGCAUUAGCAUUCAGUGAUGAUUCAGAUGAAGUAGCUCCGAUAUCAAGACCAUUUGGUGUUGCGUUAUUAUUUGCUGGUUGGGAUAAGGAAAGUGGACCACAUAAUGGACCACAUUUAUUUCAUUUGGAUCCAUCUGGUACAUAUACAGAGUAUGAUGCUAAAGCAAUUGGUUCAGGUUCAGAGGGUGCCGAUCAAACAUUACAAGAUGUUUAUCACAAAUCGAUGAAAUUACAAGAAGCAUGUAAACAUGUUCUAACUAUAUUGAAGCAAGUUAUGGAAGAGAAAUUGAAUGCCACCAAUGUUGAAAUGGCGACUGUCGAUCAAAAUGGUUAUAGAUUAUUUAAAAAAGAAGAAAUUGAUGAUAUUAUUAAACAAAUGUAA